AUGAAUUAUUCGGAUGGAAAACUUGAUAGAGCUCCAACUGCUUCGUAUCAUCAUCAUCAGUCCGAUUUGGACUGUUCGUUUUCGAAAAACAGCGAAGGAAGCGCGAUUGAAACAGCUUCAGAAGGACAAAUGUGGAUCGAGAUUCUCAACUGUUACUUGGAAUUAAUGUGGCAAGGAAUGUCCGAAUUCGGAGAUGUUACCGAAAUAUCGGAUUAUUAUUCCGACUAUUAUGAAAGUGAAUGGGAAGUCCUGGAAGAUGAAGAGGAUGAAGAGAAAGAGGAAAUGGAAGACAAAGAGGAGGAAGUGAAGGAACCGGAGGAAGUAGAUAUUUUUGCAGACUUGCUAACGGAAUUUCGACAUAGUAUAGCCGAAAAGAAGAUGGCCAAAAUUAUAGCGGAAAAAGAUAUGCUACAAAAAUUGAUCGGGGUAAAAAAGAAAAAAGAUGUGUCGGAAGAAACACUGAUCACUCUAGAAGAGGCAUCCAUCGUUUCUACAGAGUCAUCCGCAGAAAGUUCUAUUCAUCCUUGCCUGAAAGAUAUAGAUAUUAGCGAUUCUCAAUUGAAAUUGCAAAAUCUAUACACGGCGUUUCCAAUUCCUGACGAUCCUGGUUUGGUGCCAGCAUUCUGGACCAUUCACGAACGCCGAAUUACUUAUCCAGAGGAUGGAGUGAUGAAAUUUUUCUAUUUAUCAAAAACAUCUCGUAUCAGGCCGAUAAAAUCGUUAGAAGAUAUGUUACUAUCUGAUAAAAUCAAUUUACAGUAUUAUGGAGUCAACUCACGUGUUAUUAGACCACUUUGUGAAGCUUUAAUGAAAAAUCCUCUCGUACAUACAAUCAAUCUUACAGGUAAUUGGUUAUUAGAGGAUGCUUGUUAUCAUUUAAAUGAUUUACUUCUAAAAAACAAUAUGGUACAUACUUUAAUAUUAUCAGGAUGUAAAAUUGGUCCAAAUGGGAUCGCGAAACUUCAUGAUGGAAUUUCGACGAAUGUAACAUUAAAAAAAUUAGAUCUCUCCGAUUGUAAUAUUCGUAACGAUGGUUUUGAUCACAUUACAAAAGCAAUAUGUAAUAAUGAAAGCAUCGAAACCCUUUUACUGAACGAUAAUCAUCUUGACGAAUCUUGUUCGGAUGCUUUGCAAAAAUUAUUCUGCUGUUCGAAAACGUUGAAAAGUUUAAGAUUGUCAUGGAAUUCUUUAUAUACUGUGGAAACCUGGAAAAAAUUGAUCAAAGGAUUCGAGAAUAAUGAAACUUUAGUCGAUUUUGAUUUAUCUUGGAAUGCUUUAGGAAAAGAAUGUGUUCCAUAUCUUCGUCGAUUAUUGUUACGUUCUUCAUCACUGAAAAAGUUACACUUAAAUGGAAAUAGAUUUUACGAUGAAGAUAUAGCAAUUAUCGCAACAGGUCUAUCAAGAAAUAAAACACUCGAGGAAUUAUAUAUAGGUAAUAACCCUUUGAAAGUAGAGGGUGCAUUUACUCUCGUUAAAGCAGUUAGUCCGGAAAUAUCACCCGAAAGUCCACUACGUAUUAUGGAUCUUACAAAUAUUUGGGCGAACAAGAAUAUAUUACCAGAGCUUGAAGCAAUUCGAAAUAAUAAACCGUGGCUCGAUAUUAAUUUGGGAGGAAUAUUUAGUAACUACAAGAUUGGAAAUCCAGAUAUAAAAGCGAUACUUUUAAAAAGAGCCAACUAUGAAGCUAUGAAACCAAAGAAAAAACGACAUCGAAGAAAUUUCGGUCACUUCGUCUUAUCACUUUCUGAUAAUCUCCUUCCAAAAGGUACACAAAUGCAAAAAUGA